UAACAUCACAUAAAUAUUAUUUAUUAUAUACUAGCAUCCGACUACGACUAUUAACGCGUGUACUUUAAUUUAUUUAGAAUAAUGGUUUCCUGUGGGAACUAAAAUUGUUUCCGGGAUAAAGAGUAUCAUAAUGUCUUAAUCCAGGUCUUUGUGAUAUCAUAUUUUGGUAGAUUUUAUGUCAGUUGUAGUGGUAUCCCAAGACUUCAAGUUGGCACUUUGGUUGGUUUGGCAGUUCUUUAAUGGCUACUACCAGUGACGGGUUGUUUAUCUGAUAUUCUGUCAUUAGUUAAGAAAAUUAGUUUUUUUUUGUGUAAGGACUGUUUACAUAAACAUGACGGGGAUAUUACCCACGUACCAACGUUUUGUUAAUGGAGUUCCAGUACCGUCCAUAUCGCGGCGUUCCUUUCGUCUACGAGAAAAAUAUUUGAUUGUUUCAGUACUUUUGACAUUCGGAAUCGUGUGGUUAGGGGCACUAUUUUACUUGCCAGAGUUCAAAAGUUCCACUAGUGUUAACGAUAGUGUUUACAAUGUGUACAAACGUAUUCAAAAAGCGGGCCCUGAGCUCCUUAUGCCACCUCCGUUGGCACAGAACGACGUGGGAGAUUUCCCUGUGGUUGGAAUCGUACGUCAUGGCGAAGAAGGUGAUGACCCUCACAUCGUCGAAGACAGGAAUCGCUUACGAGCGAAAAUAGAGGAGGACAUGGGUAUGAAAGUGCUUGAGAGACCACAAUUCGAUGCUGCACCAUCUGUUUCUUCAUCAAAGGGUCCUAGUAAAGCGCCAGUUGAUGCUUUAGAAGAACCUGCUUUAGUAAAUAACGCAAUUGACAAAGAUGCCUCCCCCGCUGGCCCUAAAGGAAGUGCCUCUGACAAAUAUGUAGCUGUAGCAUUGGGACCUAAUGCAGAUCCUGAUCAGAAACAUAAACUGGAGACUGUCAAAGAGAUGAUGCGUCACGCGUGGAACAACUACAAGCUGUACGCUUGGGGAAAGAACGAGUUGAAGCCGCUUUCGAAGCGAGCACAUCUGUCCAGCGUGUUCGGGGGUGGCGACCUGGGCGUCACUAUCGUAGACGGCCUCGACACCCUGUACCUGAUGGGACUCCACGACGAGUUCAGGGAGGGACGCGACUGGGUCGCCGAACACCUGCACAUAGGUGAAGUUGACUCUGAACUGUCUGUGUUCGAGACGACGAUCCGUUUCGUGGGUGGUCUGCUGUCGUGCUUCUCUCUCACCGGGGACACGAUGUUCAAAGACAAGGCGGCGGAGGUCGCAGAUGCUCUGCUGCCAGCGUUCGAAUCACCCACGGGAUUGCCCUACUCCUUGAUCAACCCAUCUACUAAGGUGACCAGGACUUACCACUGGGCGGGGCCUAAUAGUAUUCUCUCCGAGGUGGGCACCUUGCACCUCGAGUUCACGUAUCUCAGUGACGUCACGGGGAAAAAUGUGUACAGAGAGAAGGUUGAACGCAUCCGUGAUGUUUUGAACAACAUCGAGAAACCCAACGACUUGUAUCCUAACUUCAUCAACCUACGGACCGGCCAAUGGGGACAAAGGCACAUAUCUCUCGGUGCUUUAGGCGACUCCUUCUAUGAGUACUUGCUGAAGGCAUGGCUUAUGUCCGGCAAGACUGAUGACCAGGCGCGUGUAAUGUUCGACGCCGCCAUGCAGGCCGCGCUCGACCGCAUGCUGCGCCACUCGCCCGGAGGACUCGCCUACCUCGCCGACGUGAAGUACGGCCGCGUAGUAGAGGAGAAGAUGGACCACCUGGCCUGCUUCGCCGGCGGUAUGUUCGCGUUGGCAUCUACCACUUUGGAGAACUCUUUAUCGGCGCGUUAUAUGGCGGCGGCGAAAAACCUCACACACACCUGCCACGAAAGUUACGCGCUUUCUGAGACCAAGCUGGGGCCCGAGGCGUUCCGAUUCAAUGGUCCCGUGGAAGCUCGAGGAAUGAAGGCUGCCGAGAAAGUGUACUUGCUGAGACCUGAAACCUUCGAGAGUUACUUCAUCAUGUGGAGACUCACCAAGGAUCAGAAGUACCGCGAUUGGGGCUGGGAGGCCGUGCAGGCACUUGAGAAACACUGCCGCGUAGAGGGCGGGUACACGGGCCUCAGGAAUGUGUACAGCGAAGACCCACAAAAAGACGAUGUCCAACAGAGUUUUUUCCUCGCGGAAACGCUAAAGUAUCUGUACCUGUUAUUCGCUGACGACAGUAUAUUAUCUCUGGACGAAUGGGUACUCAACACGGAAGCUCAUCCGCUGCCCGUUAAGAACAAAAAUCCGCUCUACCGCGCUGCAACCACAGACAACAACCAAUUGUAGACACAUUGUAUAUAGGUAAAGACCUAUAAUGAAUGAAAACCUUCUUAAAAGGAAUAGUCUUAACAAAUGAAAACCUACUCCUUUUGUUGAGGAAUAACUAUUGAAAGUAUCAAGUUUUUUUUUACAUAACUAGAUUUUUCUGUUCCAAUCAGAAGUCAACGCAUUCUGAUUUAUCAGCGUUCUUAGAUAAUAACGAAAAAAAGUUGAGGACAAAGGCUGUAUGAACUUGGUAUCAUUUGCUUUUCUUAUGGGAGAGUUUUAAAACAAAUAUAAUUUAGCGUUGCUCACACUUUUUUCGAAACAGCCCCGAAAACAAAGGUGUAUAAUCCGCGGAUAGUUCCACCAACCCAUCUUUUCAAUUAAAUAUUAAUAAUAGUCGUAUACCUGUCGCCGAUAGACGAUAAUUUUAAAGCGGCCGUAGCUCAUUACUUAAAUCAAUCGUAGUUUAAAAUUUGUCAACCGAUUUCGAACUUAUUCUAAACAUUUUAAGAUUAAAUGAAUUUAUUUUUGUUUUGUAUACGACUUUAUGUUAUUUUAAUAAAAAAACAAUAAAAUCUUAGAAGAUUCAAAGUUUCGUUGGAGCUUUGGAAUUUUAUAUGUGCUUCCGUUAAUUUAAAUAAGUUAAAAAACUUUUUUUUAUUUAUUCUGAGUACAGAUCCAUAAUUUAAACAGAAAAAAAAUAGGAACAUCAAUCUUUUUCCAUAUGAAAGCAUUGAAUAUUUUUAAUUAUGAUUUAUUAAUAAAAUUAAGUAAAUAUUAUAAUCUGCCAUGCCAAUCUGCAUAUCACAAGAUGUACCAUGAAAUGUAAACAUUAACAAAACAAUUUCGAAACAAAAAUAAAUUUAAUGCAGUCAGCUUAGUGAGGCUUAGAGUCUCUUCUUUACGCCAGUAAUUUUUUUUAUUUAUAAUUCUAAAAAUCUUAUUUGUCCUAUAAUCCUAUUACCAUAUAAAAAGGCGUAUUUACUAGGAAAGAUCUACCUCUCAAGAAAAGAUCUAACCACAAUAGUACUUUAGGAAAGUUGGAUUAAGUAUAGUGCCGCAUUAAAUGAAAAUCAUGCGACUUAAUUAUGUUAAUUUGUGUGGUACAAACGCCUAAUAUGCGUGUCAUGUUUGCCAGUUAUUUUAAUAAUUUUCAUAUUAUCUUAUAUAUGAAAAAGAGUUAUGACUGAUUAGUUCAACAAUUAUGUAUAUAAAUCUCCAUAUUAAAUAAUAAAAAUAUCUAAAUCCUACAUAAAGUUUAAUUAAUUUAAUUAUUUAUUACACACACAAACUUUAGUUAAACUUCAACAUAAGAACACAAGUUUCCUAUCAAAUUAACACUAUUCUAAACAUUCUUCUUAACAUUAUCCCCUCUACCUUUGAAUAUAUCAGUAUACUAUAUAUAAUAUUCUUAAAAAUAGUGAAAUUAAUAUGAUAUUUGUAACCCUUUAAACCAAUUUUUUACUGUUUUUACUUAUAUUUAAGUAUAAACUUGAAACCAUUUUAAAGUAUAUGUAAAAAAUUACGUGAUCACAGAAAACCGUUGGUGGGUCUAUGACCAUAUUCAUGCAAGAACAUUGUGUACGCUGUCACUAUUCUUCCAAAUUUUUGCCUCUGUCGAUCUAACCACACAAUGUCAUUUGACAUUUUGCAUUAACAAAAUACUAUUUCCAGCUUAUUUUAUGGCAAAUGUUAGUUAUCUCAGGCAUUCGUUAGGGCCUUCCUCAUACUAUUGAAAAAAAGUAUGCAUCUAUUCAAAUCAGUUUUCUCUCUAGUUCAUUAUGAUUUAUUUUAUACCUAGUUUAUUUAUUUAAUUAUGAUUUAUGUUUCAUUGUGACGAAUAUAAACAUUUUGUUUAUACUUUACGAAUGAACGUUUGGUUUGUAGGAUAAAUUAGUUCCAUUUUUAUUUCUUGUACGUAAUAUUUUAUUUUUCUCACUUUCGCUAUGUUGAGUUAAAGAUUGCUGUAAAUAUUAUUGCUCAAGUCAAUUAGAGACAGUAAGGAACUGUCAACGAAAACUAUGAAUAGUAAAUACAAACAACCUUGUUAUCGUAUAGUUCUACUUUAUUGUAAUAAAGGCAUGGUGUAUACUCGUACGAAACUUAGGGAAACUUUAUAUCUGGUUUUAAUCGUUUUUAAUAAAGAACCAAAGGCUCAGUACAUACGACCAAUCGAUGUAGACUUUACAUGGCGUUAUAACGUAACACUAAAUGCACGAAUGUAAGUUUCUUCUCUAUAUUAAGGGAGACUAUAAAGUUGAGUCGCACUUUUUUAUUUUACGAAAUUUGUUUAUUUCUAUGCCUUCUGCCACUAUCGUAGGUAUGUAGACUACCUUCGUAAGGCUUACAUACAUUGAUCUGGGUGUCGUCACUUUUAAACGUCCUUAUUUCAAUGGGGAAUAAGGUCUAUAUUAUACACGAUUUGUUCACACGCGGUUUUAUCUCUCACGGUUUCUGAUUUCUUAACACAACUACUUUAUUUACUUAUCUUAAGAAUAGACCAAUGUGUAAUGAUGUUUUACUAUCUUAUUGAUGCAGCAGAGACCUUUACAGAGACUUUUUCUUUUUUCCUAUAUUCAGCUGCAUCCCAAUAAUAAUUUCUUUCUUUCAUACCCAUAUAACAAAAUUGACAAAAUUAAUGAAAAAUCUAUAAAUAUUAUAAUAAUGUAUCAAUACUAAAAUUAUCUAAAUAAUCAAUUAGGACUAUCUGAACGUUUAUUUCAGACUGACAUUCCCAAAACGAUGUAAUUUAGUCUAAUGCUUAAAAAAUACAUUGUCCACGUCAUCGUGGAUGUUACGGAGAAUGGAGUUCCCACUUUCACGGAGCCUUUCCCAAAACGAAGCGCACCGCGAUCCGAACAUACAAAAAAUAUCUUCAUUGUUUUCAAAUUUGCUUCAGCAAAAAUUUCCUUCCCACUACAAUAUCGCGGUUGUUUCAGCAGAAUGCGAAAGUUGACAUGUAUAAAACCUUUGGCAGUACGCUUUAAACAACAUUUUCUUGACGUCUCUCGAACAUUCACCGAACCGCCUUGCGAGCAUAUUGCACCUUACCGUAAGAGCCCUUCUCUCCCUCUCCAUAUCGUCCUCAUCGUUGAGUUGAAUAUAUGAUCUAGAUAUCUGAACCUAGUUACAAUCCGCAUUGGCAAACCAUACAGCUACGCCGGCGGAAAGUUUACCGGACCUAUUCCGUUCCGAAAAACAACGACUUCAGUUUUAGCAACAUUAAAUUUCAAUCCAUGUUCCCCAGCAUAGGACUCACAUAUUGAAAGCAGCGUUCGAAGUCCAUUAAUCGAGAAACUCGGAAGAAACAUGUCGUCAGCGUACCUCAGGUUGUGAACACAUACGAUACCAUCAUGGCAGCCACUGCCAGAUUUAGGGGAGGGCAACCGGGGCGAAAGCCCCGGGGCCUCCACAAACGGGGGGCACCCUCAAUAGAGACUUCGAAAAAAAUAUCUUUCGAAUUCAAACUAGUAAACAUCUUUUCCUUUGAUAUUUUUUUUGCUCUUUUACCUUUACCUACAGCCUAUUUGAUAUUAUUAAUCUCAGGGCCGAAUUAAAGGCAGGGCAGGGGAGGCUGUGGCCCAGAGGCCUCCACAACAGCUUAAGAAAUAACAAAAUUUCGAUGGGUCAACAAGCAUGCAAAUCCUAAGUGGCCCGGGGCCU